CUCUUUUUUAAAGGGGGGGUGCCACUGUCGGACCUGCUCUUCUCUAGCCGGUGGGGAAAGGAGAUCGACUUUGUUCCUAACUCUCCCUGCUUGACACCAACUUGCGUUAGGGACAACGUUAAACCUCUCAAGUGUAUUUUUCCCCUUCUACUUAAGGCUCUGAGAAGAGGCGUUCUUGCGACCACCAGGUGACUAUAGCCAUGAAGUGGGGCUGGGUGAUUCUGGGGGUCUUCCUAUCCUUGGGGACCCUUUCCUGGGGGGAGAAGGGCUUAGAGAUCCCCGAGUAUGAUGGCAAAGACCGCGUCCAUGACCUCAGCGCCAAGAACUACAAGUCCAUCAUGAAGAAGUAUGACGUGAUGGUGAUCUACUACCACAGAAACGUGGAUGGGAACCGCAUGGCCACGAAGCAGUUACAGAUAGAGGAGCUGGCUUUGGAGUUGACCACAAGUCAAGCAGCACUUAUCUUUCAGCUUGCAGCCCAAGUUCUAGGGGAUUUUGAUGAUGAGGACAUUGGAUUCGGUCUGGUGGAUGAAAAGAAGGACUCUGCUGUUGCCAAGAAGCUUGGUUUUGAUGAGGUGGAGAGCAUCUACAUCUUUGCCGACAAUGAGAUCAUCGAGUACGAUGGAGAGCUGGCAGCUGACACCCUGGUGGAGUUCCUCUAUGAUGUGAUUGAAUACCCCGUGGAGAUCAUUGACAACGAGCGUGAGCUGAAGGGUUUCCACAACAUGGACGAGGUCAUCAAGUUGGUUGGCUAUUUCAAGAGCGAGAAAUCUCCUCACUUCGUUGAGUUUGAUGACGCUGCUGAGGAGUUCCACCCCUUCGUCAAAUUCUUUGCCACAUUUGACCCAAAGAUCGCCAAGAAGCUGAAGCUCAAGAUGAAUGAAGUUGACUUCUAUGAGCCCUUCAUGGAGGAACCUGUCACCAUUCCAGGAAAGCCCUACAUUGAGUCUGAGCUUGUUGAAUACAUUGAACAGCAUGACAGGCCCACUCUGAGGAAGCUUGAACCUCACAGCAUGUAUGAGAUCUGGGAGGAUGAUAUUGAUGGAGAGCACAUUGUUGCCUUUGCUGAGGAAGAUGACCCAGACGGUUAUGAAUUCCUGGAAAUCCUGAAGGAGGUGGCUCGCGAGAACACUGAUGACCCCAACCUCAGCAUAAUCUGGAUUGACCCCGACAAUUUCCCCCUGCUGGUUCCAUACUGGGAGAAAACCUUUGGCAUCGACCUCUCUUCUCCCCACAUUGGUGUGGUUGAUGUUGAUGACGCCGACAGCGUGUGGAUGGAAAUGGAUGACCAGGAUGACAUGCCCACAGCUGAUGAGCUGGAGCAGUGGAUCGAGGACGUUCUGUCAGGAAAGAUCGACCCAGAUGAUGAUGAUGACGACGAUGAUGACGACGAUGAUGACGAUGAAGAUGAUGACGACGACGACGAUGAUGACGAUGAUGAUGAUGAUGACGACGAUGAUGACGAUGAUGACGAUGACGAUGAUGAUGACGAUGAUGAUGACGAUGAUGAUGACGAUGAUGAUGACGAUGAUGAUGAUGAUGACGAUGAUGAAUAAAAGUUUACCAUCUUUCACUUCACUAUAAUUUAGCCAGAAAUGAUGAAAUCCAAAAGUAGCAGCAGUUUUUUUUUUAUUCUAACAUCUUGCAGCAAAUACACGUGUCUGUUUGCUUCCUGUAUGGUUUCUGGUAAGGGACAAAUAUAAUGGCCCUAUGAGAAACUUUUACUGUCAGUCAGACAAGGAGAGGAUUUGCAUCUCUGUUGAUGAACAGGGUUGCAGCUUAAAAUGUUAUACGUCCUUUGUUACUGUAUUGAAAUAUGCUAAUCUCUCACCUCUGAGGUUUACAAUGAAUGUGAGCAGCAUAUGAGAGGCUAACUUCCCUGACAAUUUCUACCUAAUGUCGCAGACUGGGGUUCACCCCUUUUGUCAUUUUCUCCAAUUAACUGUAAUCCUGUUUCAAUGACAUGUUUUCUACUUGAUGAAGAGAAGAAACAAAUAUUUUAUUGUACUAUUUUUAAAGAGAACUACAACUAAACUCACUGGACAAGUCUUAAGAUUAUUACAAUCUUGGAAAAGGAUUAAGGUACCGGAUGACAAAAAAAUACAAAAUAAUUUGUUUCUGCUCUCAUAUUAAAAAUGAAAGACAAAAAUAUUUAAAAACCAAUGUUUGUUAUUGUUUUCAUUGCUUUGAGAUUCUUUACAAUUUAUACUGUGUGUUUGUGUGGUCUGCAGGCAAUGAAGUUUGAGCAUUACUAUACCAACAUACAUAAUUAGCAAUAA